AGAGAACUUGUAAUUCGUUUCAAAGUUGGGAUUACAUCGCGGGAACAACCAUUAAGAAAAGAUCCGUCAUGGCGAAUUUUAGAACAAUUUUCUGUUCGGAAUUUGUUAAGAAUGGUGCGAAUUAGCUGCCUUUUUGCCAUCUUCUUCCUCGGCGUCUUGCUCCUGGCGAUACCAGCCUCCGCCUACCCCAGGAUGCCCAGCAACUAUUACUUGGACGAUGGCAAUUACGAACCUGAAGAAAUUAUGGACAUGCUGAACCGCCUUGAUAACUACUUACAACAGGAACGUAAAAUCGCUAACGAGAAACGGGCUCUAGACCUUGGCUUGAACCGUGGCUACUCCGGCGCAGUCCACGCUAAGCACAUGAUGGGUCUGGCAGCCGCUAACUUCGCAGGAGGCCCCGGCAGAAAGCGACGCGACGCUCACUAAAAACUGAUACUGCGUUCUGAAACUAUUUAUUUUUAAUUGUAAUACUAUAAAAUCCUCGCAUAACUAUACUAGUUGUUUUAUCAAAACCAUGAUUCUUUAAAUUGUUUAAUGUUUGUGUUAAUAUGUAUUUUACAACGAUUUUAAGUUUAUUGAGACAAGGGAAACCUUGAACAAGACAUUGAGUUUUACGUAUAUUAUCGGCCUAGUACAAAUUAAAUUCAAGUAGUGAAUAUUUAUCUUCUCUCUCUCUCUUUUCAUGUCUUACAGUAGAAAUAUAAAAUAUUUGAAAAAUAUGCUUUUCAAAUUGUAAAAAUUACGCUUAUAUGUACUUUGC